GUAUUAAUUAAGGAAUAAUCUCGGCAUUGCUUGUUUGUGACUGGUGACUGUUGUCUUUGUACCAUCUUGUGAGUUGUGUUUGCUGCCUUGCUUUGUACAAUAAUUGUUGUUUUACUCAAAGCACAAACUACAUCAUGGAUAUUUUGUACGCAAAACAAACUGUGAUCCUGAAGGAGGCUAAGCAAGUAAUGAAGAAACUUAUUAGCGAGGAUCCAAUGGAGAGUUUGUACAUGGUUGACUUAAUCCAAAGGCUUGGCAUUGAACACCACUUUCAAGAGGACAUUGAAGCUGCACUUGAGAAGCAACAUUUCAUAGUGAGCACAGAAGCACAGAAUUUUUUCCAAAGCCAUCAACUUGACAAUUAAAAGAGUAAUAUAUAACAUUAUUUUUCAAAUAUUUUAGCUUAUAAUAUCAACUACGACAAUGGUUGUGCAGAUAUAUUUGAGAGGUUGAAAAAUAACAAAGUGCAGUUCAGAGAAGAAUAUGGUGAAGAUGUGAAGAGUCUCGUAGCGGUACAUGAAGCAGCGCAGCUAAGCAUUGGAGAAGAAGAUACUUCUCUUGAGGAUGUGGGGCGCCUCUGCCGCGAUCUUCUUCAUUCAUGGCUGUCAAGGCAUCAUCAUCAUCAUGAAGCUCAAUAUGUUGCAAUCUCUCUCCAGCAACCACUUCAUCACAACUUGCCUAGAUUCAUGGACAAAACCAUCUUGCUUAGGAAUUUCAAGCCCGACAAGGAAUCUGUGUGUUUUAUGGAACUUGCAGAAAUCAAUUCCAGCAUAGUUAGGCUCAUGAACCAGCAUGAAGCCCUUCAAGUGUCAAAAUGGUGGAAAGGGGAAGCUAUGUCGAAGGAGCCGACAUUUGGAGGAUAUGAAGCUUUAAAAUGGUACAUGUGGCCCAUGGCGUGCUUCACAGAUCCGAGCUUUUCAGAGCAGAGGAUUGAGCUCACGAAAUGCAUCUCGCUAGUAUACCUAAUUGAUGACCUUUUUGAUGUUUAUGGCACGUUGGAUCAGCUUAUUCUAUUUACUGAUGCGGUCAAGAGAUGGGAAUUGGUGGGAACAGAGCAGCUUCCAGAAUUCAUGAAAAUUUGUCUGCGUGCUCUUUAUGAAAUCACCAACGAUUUCGCUGAAAAAGUCUACAAAAUGCAAGGAUUGAAUCCCAUAGAUACUGUUAAAACUUCGUGGAUACGACUAACGAAUGCGUUCUUGGAAGAGAGACAUUGGUUGAAUUUUGGUGAACUGCCAAAGACAGAGGAAUACCUGAAGCAUGCAGUUGUAAGCACAGGAGUGCACGUGGUGCUUGUCCAUGCAUUUUUCCUUUUCCAUCAAAAUAUAACACACAAAUCUCUAGCAAUUUUAGACGACUUUCCAAACAUUAUAUACUCCGUGGCCAAAAUCCUUCGUCUUAGUGAUGAUUUAGAAGGAUACAAGAACAAAAAUGAAACGGGGUUUGAUGGGUCAUACAUUGAGUGCUACAUGAGAGAACAUCAAGAGGUUUCAGCUGAAGACGCACAAAAGCAUGUUGAGGAGCUGAUUUCAAUGGAAUGGAAACGUCUCAAUAGACAAGUAAUGUUGAGCACAGAUCACCAAUUUUCAUCUUCAUAUACCAAAUUCUGCUUGAAUGCUGCUAGAAUGGUCCCUCUAAUGUACCAUUACCGCACCAAUCCAAGCCUUUCCAACCUGCAUCAAUAUGUCAAGUCUAUUGCCAAAUGCCAAUAAUGUUGCUGUCGUCAAACAAAUCUAGUAUGUUAGGUGGUUGUUAUUGUAAUAAAAUAAUUUAAGUGUUUUCUUGUUUGUGUAGCUAGGACCUUUAGUUUCUUAUCCAAAAAGGACUCAAUAAUAGCGCUAUAGCACUGUAGUGCACCACCAGUGUCAAAUAAAAGAAGUAAUAAUACAGAGUGCGCGUCUAUCUA